GUUCUCCGAGAAGAAGGCAUCUCUGGGCCCCUGCCCUGCCCUGCGACCCCGGCUCCCUCCUGCCGUCUCGCACAUCAGUGGCUGGAGGGCUGCUGGACUCCGCGCUUGAAAGUGGACUUGGGCGCCUGCGUUGCUCCCUCCCCCCCUCCGUGUCCAAGGCUCUGCUCCCUCUCGACGAGCGAACCAACCCACCCGACCAACCAAGCGCACGGCAACCGCACCAAGCAACGCACCACGACGGCAGCUAACCUGGGGAGCCCGCCUGAGACCCAGACUCUUCAGAUCUGUCACUCGCCUUCCCAACCCUCUCUCACUUUCGUCCCUCGCCUCGAAGCAUCUGGCGCCCGCCCGUGUACCCCCCCUCACUAGUCUACCUGCUCCGUGCCUUGUACAGAUUAUACCACACGCAACAAUCACGAGUCGGGGCCUCGUUCAGUUCAGCCAGUUCAGCCCAGCCCACACUCGACAGACGCUGGCUCCUGCUGCUGGGCCUGCAAAUCAGAAGCGACCAGGCCAGAUCCUUGGGCCCAAGCCCAAGCCGCCUGGCAAGCAAGCGCACACACGCAGCCAGGGUCCUCUUCUCUUCCCUCGUCCCUCCUCGCCCGUUUCCGUCCCCAAUUCACGUCCCCAGGCAACCUUGGAAUUCAUACUGUAUACUGUAUGAACCGGGUGACCCCCCCCCUGCUGCGACUCUUUUACCCUUUUUCUCCUCCGCAUCCUGGUUGUUACUGGCUUCCCCUCCCAGGGCCCCCAGUCGAGCCAAUUCUACGCCUCUUUUCGACCUCGUCACCUCGUCCUCUUCUCUCCAUCUCCCCCAAUCCCGAUUAAUCCUCCCGGCGACUCAGCGCAACAGCCCGCAACACACAAAACCAGACAGCAUCCCUUUUCCUCCCGUGCGGUGCGGUGUGCAGAAGAGAAAGAGCUUAGCUGAGCCGAAGUCGAGUCAAGAGUCAAGAGUCAAGAGUGACCAAGAAUAGAGGGUAUCGCCUCUCAAGGACAACAAAGACAGAACUACGGGGCCCACGACCUCACGAUAUUUCGUCCCGACCCGGCCCACCACCUCUCGUCUCAUCUUCUCUUUCGACCACCACCUCCCCACCGAGCAUCAUCAUUGUUUCCUCUUGGAGUUGCGGUCUGGAUACAUCCAAACAUGUGGUGAUAUCUUGUCUCUUGCUCCAUCUUUUUUCUGCAUACCCAACAUUUAUUCUCCUUCCUUCCCCCCCCGCUUAGCCCUAUUGUUCCCAGCGCAUCCCAUAAAUAAAACAAACAACCUCCACGUCAACGAAUCCUUCUCGCUACUGCGCCCUCACCGGUCCGCGACUUCCGGUAUCUGAGACCCAUCUGGUCCAAGGUCGAUUCGGUGGAGCAAGGCUGGUCGCGUCAGAGGUCAAGGCCAACUCGUUUAUCUAAAGAGGAGGGCUUAGGUUUCACGUCACACAGGAUACAGCAGCGCUGUCCCGUUUACCGACCUCAACAGUCGACAUCUUUCUUUAAUCCCCCCCUUCCAAUCGGCUUGUUGCCCUUACAACAGGCGGCCCGGCUUCACAGGCAGACCACUCGGUUGUAGCACAACGGCUACGCGACACGAACGGUAUUGCAUUUGACCGCACGGGUCUCGACAAGGCCGGCCUGAAGCAGGAAAACCGACCAUUUCGAAGACGAAUCACUCAACUCACUGCCUAGGCACGUCUUGCAGCCUGUCAGACGACCAUGUAUACAACAUCAGCUCGUCGACUAUACGAGGAUCAAAUACCAUCCUUUAUGUCAGUGUUCGACCUAGACCAGGCCAUGCAAGACCAAGAUACAGUCACCGUCGUCGAUCCCAAAAUGGUGGGCGUCGAGCCAAAAUGCAACCCACAAUUGCCCUCCGACCCUUCACAACUCCUCCAGCCCCCAGCAAUCCCACCCAACUAUCAACAUCGGGAUAGCACGUCAACACAAACCUCCGAGUCCGCGGACUCAUCCCCAACAACGACUGUGUCGUGCACAGAUUCGUCAUCACUUUCCGACCCCUCUCCUUCGUCAUCGCCAGACUCGCCAGUCAAUCUGGUCCCCUUGAAUGCCUUCCCAUCGACCAAUUUCGGGGGGCUGCCGUCCAUGGCGACCCUGGCCGUGUCAGAACCUAGGAACCACCUGAUACGCCCCAUGACCUCGCCUGCGCCGCGGCGACCCAGGAACAUGAAGGGCCUCUCCAUCCAGCCCCCCUUUGCGGCCUCGGCUGCCUCAUCAUCAAUCACGUCUGAGCCGUCGUCCCCCUCUUUUAUAAAACCAACAAUCCCGGCCAUGAAGAGAAAACCAAGCCAGCUCAGCUUGAAGACAAACUCGGAUGAUUUGGCCGGCCGCCCCACCCUCGAGGUCCCACAGAGUCCAUCCAUACCUGCCCUUGCGCAGAGAAGAGCAUUAAAACAUUCCACCUCAUCCCCGCACAUGCUGAGUGGGCUCAAGUCAUCGACAUUUGGUCCCGCCGGUGGUAUGACUUUCCCGACGGUCUUCGAGCGCAACGAGUCGGGUCUUUCGUCCUUCCUCAGACCCGGGAAGGAAUCCUCACCGGACAGGAACGAUGCGAUCCUGGAGGAGGAUUCGCCUAUUCGGAGUCAAGUGGCCAACCGUGCCGCUUUCGACUUUGAACCUUAUCAUGAGAAGGAGAGCAACGAGGACCAGAAGUCCCCAACGUACCCUGACGGGCCCAUUGCCAUUUAUGGAAAUGAUGUUUACCUCUACAUGGAGCCGACCGCCGAGGAGGCUUCUAGGUUCGACGUCAUCAUCAAUGUCGCUCGUGAGGUUCCGAAUCCUUUCAAGGACGCAUCGGACAAGGAUGAACACAUGGGUGACACAUCCCCAAUCCCUGACACGGCUGUGACGAGCUCGAGCUUCGCGACCGCCUUUGAGUUCCAGCCUGACGAAAUGACCCCAACCACCCCGAAGGCGCAGUUUACGCCCAAGGAACCCGAGUACAUCCAUAUACCUUGGGAUCAUAACACCGACAUUGGGUCAGAUUUGAUGUUCUUGUGCGAGACGAUCGAGAGGAAGACCCUCGCGGGCAAGAAGGUCCUGGUGCACUGUCAGCAGGGAGCUAGCCGCUCGGCCAGCCUGAUCAUUGCCUAUGGUAUCUACCAGAACCCGGAAAUGAGUGUGAACGAUGCGUAUUAUGCCGCUCAGACAAAGAGCAGAUGGAUCAGCCCUAACAUGCGGCUGAUGUACUGCCUGCAGGAUUUCCAGAAGGAGGUCUCCAAGAGGAAGUUGUCUCCGAAUUCGGCUUACAAGCCAAGGAGCGGUCGGAGCCCGUCAAAGCACCGCUUGACACUCUCAGUGGACGCCAUCGACGUACCCAAGGAACCGAGGACGGCACCUUUGCCAGAUGAUGAUGUCGCAACAAAAGGGUCGAGCCCAAGCAACUCGCCAUUACGCACCCGCGGUAACUCUACACCGGAUCAAAUUUCCAUCUCUCCGGGUCCAUCGUCGGCACCGUCGAGUUUCUCGUGGUUCGAAAAGGAGGAUGAGGCUAAUCCAGGGAAAUUCGGGCGAUUCAGUCCUUCGCAGAUCUUCCAAACACCUCCACCACCACCUCCAGCAAUUCGGCUUGAGAGCGGGCAUGAGAACCCAUCAUCGGACAAUUCAGGAUAUUUCCCUAAGCCCCCGCCAUCCCCAGGUUUUGGAUCGUUCCUACCAGAUAUAUAUGAAAAGCCUCCAUCAUCGCCUGGGUUCGCGGCUCACAGGUUCGGCGAUAAGCGCGGCCUCGGAUUCCCGCCUCUGAGUUUUGGUUCGUUUCCACAAGCCGGGGGCGUACGGCAGCUGCCAAAGGCCGAACGCGCAGUCCAAGUGGUGAACGCCCUGCCCGAGGACACGGCGCUCAUGUCACCGCGAGCUGAGAUUAUCACGGACAAUCCCGUGCAUAAUUCUUUCGCCGGCUUCCACGGCCUGCGAUUUGUCGAGAGCCCCCCCACGCCAAACGAGCAGAUAUUCUCUGCAAGCCCAGUGCAGGAGCAAGCAUUGUUUUCACCCCGUGAGUCUUCGUUUCCACGAGACACUUUCAACCACUUUGGACGUCCUCGCCAAGUCUCGGACCCUCGAAGUCCACCCACCAAAGGCGAGGCCCCAAUCAUCAGGUCCAUUGAUGAUUACAUAUAGACCUGAUGAUACAUACAAGAAGCACCAGCCAUUCCCGAAUGCGCAUAUGUCGCUCAUCAUAUCUAUCAAUUCGCGUCGAUAAUAAACCAACCGCAAACCGCACGCAUCAAAUCGGAGUUUGGGGCAUGUGCACUUCAUCAUCAACCCUACGGGGCCGGGCACACCAAGCAUCCACCAGGAGCUUUCAUUGAAUCAAUUUCAACUUUCUUUUGUCGAAUGUCGCUCUUCCUUUUGGGAGGUUACCGAUCGCUCAGUGGCCAGAGAGGUCACUCACUCUAUUUCAUAAAUGGAAAUGUAUAAUCUGGAAGGGAGCCAUGUGUACUUCACUUCUGAUAGGCGUACCAAGGGGCGAGUUUUGGCGGGGCUUAGGCCGACCCCAUCAUCUCAAGACAGCCCACCCAGGGAAUGGUCUUGUCUUUAUGGGCGGUAGGGCUGUAUGCUGUCAGGAUUGCAAAGGGCGUAUGAUGAGGAAAAGCUUUCAGCAUUGUGGUUUCUUAGCUGUUCUGUGUCGUGCCUUCUUCAAACCACGAUUCCCCAAACAUAAGAAGGGUCAGGAUGGGAACAUGGGGGAGAUAGGAGAUAUCGUGACACUCAGUGCUGCUCAGGCUCAUGAUGGAAAGGGGGGGGCCUAUGACUCGAAAUUUAUGAACCACACGACGGGGGGAGCAACUAGUGGAGGAG